UCUUCUCUUCUUCUUCUUUCGUUGCUUACGCAAUCUCUGCUCUUCAUCAACAUCUCACCUUUCUCUUUGUCUUGUCUUAUCUAGGAUUAAGCACAGGAUCACCUUCCAACAAUUCAUUCAAUACAUUCCUAAAUUAUAUUGUUUUUAAAAAAAAAAAUUAUUUUUUGAUAACAAUGGUGAUUUAAACAUAAAUACCGAGAUACGGUUCCACGAAUCACAGACUUGGUGGGCAGGGCAAUUUGUCUUUUCUAAGAAAAAUCAGGGGACAUAGAAAUGUUUCAAUCUAGGUUUGUUUGGCAUUAUCUCUCUUAACCAAGAGAGCACCAUGAGGUCUCUGCUUCUCAGCCAACUCUCAAGGCUCAGUCUGAGGAAACCACCUGCGCUCGGACACCUCGGUUGCGCUCGGUACUUGUCGCAAACCCCUCUCUGUCGCAUUGUCGGUGCUGAACGUUGUGGAUCUACUCCGAGAGACGGGGAUAUCGGUAGACUCGUGGUUACAGAUGUUUCUGAAUCUUCUUAUGGGACUGAGGUUUUGGAAAAGAAGGUACCAAUGGAGCUGAUGACAGAAACAGGAACGAUAGGAGCAUCUCAUGGCUGGGUAGCUACUUUGAAAGACGGUGUAGUGCGUCUCCAAGAUGACCUCAACCCGAGUGCUUCAGAUUCAGAUCCAAAACGAAUCUCACUGCCUCCACUCGUAACUCUGCCUCAUUGCCAAACCCAAUUGGUAACCAACGUGGCCAUGUCCUCCUCUUCUCCCGAGGACGACGACUGCAUUGUGGCUGUCAAGUUCCUCGGUCCUCAGCUCAGCUUAUGCAGACCUGCUCAGAAAAACCCCGAGUGGGUCAACAUCAGAGUCGAAGAUCCUGGCUUCUCCUCCUCCAAAGUCAUGUAUUCAAAGAGAGAUGACAUGUUCUCCAUGCCUGCCUCAGGAGGCACCCACAUAUGUUCUUGGGAUCUUGAUAAACACAGGCACAAACCCAAGCUUCAAACCUUGCGCUUUCCAAACCAUCCUGAGUUCGUGCAGUCAGAGUGGGUGAAAUUAGAUAAGUGUAGCAGGAUCGAAGAUUUGGUGGAGUCACGCGCGACGGGAGAAGUUUUCAUGGUGAAGAGGUUCAAAGAGAGAAAGAACUAUGAGGUUAUGAGGAUGGAGGAGAAGCAAAUGCUGGUGUUCAAGCUAGACGGGAAUGGAAACGCUUUGUACACUGAAGAUAUUGGAGACCUCUGCAUUUUCCUCUCCUCCAAAGGUGAACCUUUCUGUCUCCAGGCUAGCUUGUAUGACGUACUUGAAAACCACGUCUAUUUCACAGACAGCGGCCAACGCGGACUAUUCGAUAUCAGGUGUAAGUACGUGAUUGGUGGAUUCGUCACUUACCCCGCCCCUUACUACAUUCCACCUCAAUCCUACCUCAAUGCUAUCAGUAAUAAUGGGGGUUGCAUCUCAAUCAGCUCUUAGAGUCAUCCUGUUGUUGUUGUUGUGUUUUUUUCCUUACCUUGAUAUGGAAGGCAUCAUGUUGUUUACUCGCAAUUAUGCUUCAAAAAGACAAACAUCUUUCCGAUGUGUUCUGUUGUGUAAAGCACAAGAUUAUCCAUAUCCUCGGUGAAUUUCUAAUUGUUAUACAGCUCUUUACUGUUAAAACUU